AUGCUCGCGGCCGGCGCACUGGUGCUUGGCAUCAGUGCGAUCAUCGGGGCGACGGCCGGACCGGCCCUUGCCGCCGACAAGCUCCUGGGCGUGAGCUGCCGGCAGCCCAGAUGGCGCUCGCGAACGGUCAUUCCGACGGUCGGCUACGACAUCCAGAUCGAGGAGCCGGGGAUCUUCUACCUCAGCUUCGACAAUGCCGAGGUCGGCCGCAUUCAGGCGCGGGGCGUGGUCGAUGUCGUGAACAAGGGCCGCUUCGCCUACAUCAAGGGCAGCCCGACCAUGGAGAUUACCGAAUUCGUGUGGGGCGGACAGGUCGAAAUCCUGACUGCCUACAUCGAGAAGGGUGACAUCGAGAUCGUCUGCGAGCUCUAUUCCGACGGCUGGCUGCCCGAGAACGCGCAGAUCAACAUGGAGCAGUGCCUGACCGCCAAUGACAACAACGUCGACGCGGUGGUCGCCUCUAACGACGGCACCGCCGGCGGCGUGGUGGCGGCGCUCGCCUCGCAGGGGCUCGCCGGCAACAUUCCGGUCUCUGGGCAGGACGGCGACAUCGCGGCGCUCAACCGGAUCGCCAAGGGCUACCAGACGGUGGUGGACACGGUGCGAACGCAGGAUGUCACAAAGGAUCAGGUGCUCGGCAUGAUCAUCCUUGGCAAGCGGAUCGAGGAGGAGACCGAGGAGGACCUCGCCAGCCUCCAUUGA